AUGUCAGCCUCAACUGUUCACUCCAACCCUGUCCUUGAAAAGAACAAGGACCUUGUUACUGGAACUGAAAAGAAGAUUGAAGACCUUUACAAACUUAUUGAUGGCAUUAAGGUCUGCAUGAUGACCACUCGCUGUGCAGACACCGGCAGACUCUUUAGUCGAGCAAUGUCUCCUCGUAUUCCUGAUGAACACGUACCUGCCGAUUUGUGGUUCUUUACCAACAACUCAAGCCAUAAGCUUGAUGAGCUAGUCAAGGAUCCAAAUGUAAAUCUCGGUUUCUACAAGCCAUCUACUGCCGAAUGGAUCAGUGUUUCUGGUACUGCCACACUUGUUGAUGAUCGUACAAAGAUCAAGGAACUCUAUACUCCUGAUAUCAAGGCUUGGUUUGGUGACUUGAACGAUGGCAUUAAUGACGGUGGUCCCAAUGAUCCUCGUAUUGGUCUCAUCUUCGUAAAGGCCGACACAGUCCACUACUCGCUCAAGGAUGUAUCUGCACCUGUCCAGAUUUGGAACAUUGCAAAGGGCAUGAUUACUGGAGAACCACCAAAGGUCUCAGCCGAGCGAGAAUUAAGCUCUUCUGAGCUACAGAAUGCACGUCGUUUCGAGGGUGUUAACAAGCCUUUAGUCUAA